UUUGCCUUGAUCCUGACUCAAUCCAUCGUCUUUUGAGGAUUGCUGGAUUGGGAAUGGGAGUCUUCCUACUUCUAGCUCUUACAAUCGGUGUGCCAAAGGUUGAUUCUUGGGAUGUAGUUUUGGUUGUAAAACAAAAGUCAAAAUUUCAUUUUUUGUGUAUUUAAGAAUCUGAUGCAUCUAUCUGCUCUUCUUUUCUUUUCUUCUCUACUCUUUUUGUUUACCAUUCAAUUUUUUUUGAAGCAAUGCAUGUUUUCCUUGAAUGAUGCAACUUUUUAUUUGAAAUUUUGUAUGGGGUUUCUGAAUUGGUGGAAAAGUAUUUCAUUUUAUUUAUUGCCUUUUGACUUGUAUGAAUUUGGCAAUAGCGUCCAAAGAAACCUAAACACUAAAUGAAUUUAGCAGACACAAAGCUAAAUGAUAGCACCCAAUUUUUUCAGAUUUGGCGGUUUGAUCUAUGAUUUUACAUUCAUGGACGGUGACAAGAUCCUUCCAUUUAGCAGCACCUUAGGAUGGCAUAGCCUUAAAGUGAAUGACAUAUCAAAAAUGUUAGAUUAGAUGAAGUGUUGAAAAUGUUAAGGCUAGGAAAAAUAAGAGAACCCUCCUAAUCCUAAUCUAUGUUCUUUUUUGGGGUGCACCUCCUAAUCUAUACCUGAAUAUAUAAAUGAACACUAGUUUGGUGAUACCCUGUUUGUUAAGGUGUCACGUGAUUUUUCUCUCAAAAAAGUCCUUAAGAAAACAAAAAAUUCGUAACUUGUUCUACUGCUUGCUGUCCAUCAUGUGAAGGGCGAUAGUCGAAUAUGUGGUUACUUUAGAAGAAUCAAAGUUAUGUUGGAACAUCGCUUAUUUUAAGGACUUUUUACUCUCAUGUGCCACUACAUGAGUGCCAACCCUCUAGCCUGAAUAACACAUUUAGACACAUUCCCAUAAGACCAGAAAGAUAUUGAUGGGUUUGAAUGUAUCAACUUUGAGGAAUAAAUCCUUCAAAAGAAUUUGAGUUCUCAAAUUUGAACUCAAGGGAUAUUUCUUAGAAGUGGUGUGAAGGUGAGCAGCCAUGAUGAGCUUUGUAUCCCUUUGGGUCUCAAUUGUGAAACUGCAGGGGAUUGUAGGUGAUUCUAUUGGAUCUGGUGUUAUACAAGCAUUUUUAUCUGAGAUACAUCACCAGCUCAUGAUAUAUCAGAAUUUGACUUCUCAACUUUUACAGGUGGAUUUUUGCAGUUCAUUCUAUUUGGAUUUUUCAGGAACAGUAGGAACUGCUGUCAAUUUAAUUUGAUUAUUGGAAAAUGUUGGGAGGCAACAAUAACAACAAUACUGUGCUUCCCAUUUUCCUUGACGAGAAUCAUUUGCAGUAUCAAGCUAAUGCUUCAAAUCAACUACAGUUAUUUGGAAAUUGUGGACUGAAUCUUUUAUGUACCACUCUGCAAUUUUUUGUUGCAAUACCAGUUGGAUGUAAUGUUGAUCCAGUAAAUUAUUUUGGAAAUGAGCACAACCCCCAUAUGCUUUGGCCUAACAAACGAAGCAGGGAAGCAGAAAAUAUGUCAAGGCACCAGAAGCUUCAGAUUUCCCUGAAUUACAGUGUGUGUCAUGAUGAAGCUGAUCUAUCAGCAAGCAUACCAAACCAAAACCCUGUAUCAACAGGGCUAAGGCUGUCAUAUGAUGACGAUGAACGCAACUCCUCUGUUACUUCUGCGAGUGGAAGUAUGACGGCAGCACAACCAAUCAUUUUGUCUCUUGGUGACAACAUUAGGAUUGAACUUGAUCAGCAGAAAGAAGAACUCAAUCAGUAUAUUAAGAUUCAGGAAGAAAAUCUGGUGAAGGGGGUAAGGGACAUGAAGCAGAGACACGUGGCAUCUGUCUUGACGACCAUAGAGAAAGGUGUGAAUCUGAAGUUACGAGAGAAAGAUGUUGAGAUAGAUAAUAUAAACCAGAAGAACAUAGAACUAGUUGAGAGAAUAAGGCAGGUGGCAACGGAAGCCCAGAACUGGCAUUACAGAGCCAAGUACAAUGAGUCGGUGGUUAACAUUCUAAAAAACAACCUCCAGCUGGCAAUUUCACAGGGUGCCGACCAAGGAAAGGAAGGAUAUGGCGACAGUGAAGUUGACGACACUGCCUCCUAUAUUGACCAAAGCAACUACCUCGUCAUCAUUCCAAGUGGGCCCGGGAAGGCUGCUUCUUCCUUGAAGUACAACAUGAUUUGCAGAGCAUGCAAGUCUAAAGGGGUAACAAUCUUGUUGAUGCCUUGUAGGCACUUGUGUUUGUGUAGGGAUUGUGAUGGGUUAAUCAGUGUUUGCCCCAUAUGCCAGUUGGUGAAAACUGCUAGUGUCCCUGUGUACUUGUCCUAAAUUAGUGUGAUUAAAUAACUUAAAAAUUGAAAAUAUACUCAGAAAUCUUCAUUUUAUUGAAAUUAGUAUUUCUCUCUAUAAAUUUAUGGAUUGAAUGU